AUAAGCCUGACUUAAUAAAAAAAUAUUUUAUAUAUUGCAUGCUUAUAAAUUAUGUAGUCGAUGCUUACUCCAUAUUGUCAACCAUAACGUACUGUUGAGAGAUUAUUAGUAUUCUGGUCCUCACCAAGACUGUUCUGUAAUGUGUUCAACUCAUUGUCAUUGGAUCAUUUUCCAGGUGAUUCAAACCACAGCACUUAACAGCAGGCAGUCAAAUACACCCCUAUCCACAACGGCUUUUAACAAUCACGUGCUCGACUGAGAAGGAAGACACCGCUAGAGGUCACUACAGUACAAUGGAUGAAAUAAAAAAAAAAAGCAUAGUUGUGUGGGUGUGACGCUUAAAAAGGACCAGGAGAAGGUAUGAGUUCUGGACAUGGUCAGUAUUGCUAUUAUGUAGAGGUAACUAGGGAGUUUGGCACUCCAUGCUUUGCGAAGAGCACCAAAAAAAGAUUUUGCUGUCUAGAGUGCCGCAAAUUACAGGUAUAGUCAAUGCUAGUAUGCACUUUUUUUGUAGCAGUGUUAUUUACUAUCAUGAGGUAAUGAAAGGGUGGCGGGACACAGUGCUGUAACAAACUGCAGGUAAGUGGGGUCAGGAUGGCCCGUGCAAAGGUCACGUGAACCCAAAGCAAAGGUUUGGGUAAGAUGUACACAGCAGUUUAAAAGGCAACAAUAAGCCUUUGUUAAUUAAAGCUGGCUUUGCUCAGCAGGUUGGUAGUCAAAGCCUUAGGCGUAUAAGUUAAUACACUAACACUCAGGUAAAUAAAUGUUACACCUUGAUGCGAACAACACGCCACUUGCGCAUUUCACGAGGUAAACGGGUAAUUUAAGCACAAAAAAAAAGUUUAAGCACCAGUAACUUACCUAUAAAGAAAAUCUUUAGUGUAUGCUUACAUAUCACACGACCAAUCGUGAAACGGGUUUCCCUGAUGAACGUUUUAUGCACGAAGCACGAGGAAACAUCUAUUUGUUACACUUUUCCCUCAAGGUAAGACUCCUAUCGGUGGAUACGGAGCAUUUCAUGGAUUUAUUAUAAGGAUAAUAUUGGUUGGCUCCGGCAGGUCUUUAAAAGACCCGAGAGAGAGAAAAAAAAUAUGACAAACAAACACCUUCCCUCAAAAACUAGCCAACGAUGAAAAAUGUGGAUAACUGCAUUUUAAAACUAAUUUUGUGCGUGUGGGCCGCGUGAGUUCGUCCGCAGUGAGAAUGAAGUCACAGAAGAGAGUCACGAGCUCAGGCGGAAUCGAUGCGUUUUGGAAAUGACGGAGACAGACAGCGAGGGGACCGAGGCGGGACGACUAGUCCGUGAGAACUUGUAAGUUGCCGCAGAAAAAUGGAUGUGUCGAAGAGGAUCAUCAGAAAUCUGGAACCAGCGAGACCACUUCGCCGUCUGAACAUAAAUCAAGUGCCUCAAAGCUAUGCUGAAAUUAAUCCGGUAGAAAAGCCAGACAACAUUAUUAAAGUGGAGCAAUUCUAUGAAAUCCUGCAUCUUCAAAGCACCAGCGCCCAACCAAAGAAGAAAGCCGAGAGAAUCUGCUACACUCGGGACUUCCUUAUCAAGUUGGCAAGUUGUCCAGUGGCUAAGAAGAAGCCUGAGUUUUUACCAGAACAUCCGAUUGUUUUGGAGAAUGGAAGAACAAAUGUUGUGCCUGAAUACUUCAUCAACAACAACAACAACAACGAGGACUUGGCUGCCUAAUCUGGGGAAUUUUCUUCUUCUUCUUCUUCUUCUUCUUUUUUUUUUUAAUUGCCCUAAAACCGUACUGCAUGGGGACCAGGCGGAAAAGAAAGGAAAGUUAAAACGCUAACAUUUAUGGCCAUGAAGGGUACUGAAAAUUUUCAUCUUAAGCAUUUCAAUGAAAACAGAAGUUUUCUGACAUUAAUACUAAAAACUACUAAUUCUAAAAACCCAUUUAAAACGCGUCUAUUCCUCGUUUUAAAUGAUACUGACAGCACUGAUGCCUUGAUCCUUGCAAAAGAUCCCGCGUCCUAAUUUGUCACGGUAAAACCGUUCUCUUUUCUUGGCCGGACGCUUCAGAUUUUGCCUUAUCAAACAUUUGUAAUGUCAAAACCAGGUUUUCUGAUCCUUGCCUAAAGUAGGUCGUGUUACUACACUGCUAGAAAACGAUUGUUCUAGAUUUCAUGGUCUGUGGUGUUCAAAUUCGGUUUUUGUGGAUAUUUGGUUUUGAAGUGUUAAGGAAUUGAAGUGCACUUUAAAUUAUAGACUGACUUCUGACAAUCUCAUAUGCCUGAGUUACAUGUACACUACCAGAGAGUCCGGUUGGAAACUUUGCUUAACCAUAUAUUAAGGCUGGACAUUACAGAGAGAAUGAGACUGGUAAGCUAAACAAUCAUUAUCUUUUUGACAAUUAUUGAACCUGGGGAUGGGUAAUGAUAAGCUUUUUUUUUUUAAUAAAUUGUUUUAAUUUAAGCUAUUUUCACUCACAGGCAUUGCACAUAAAUAGAUUUCAUUGUUUAUAUGCAUGUCUUUUUUUUUUUUUUUAUUGCUGUGAAGUGGAUUGGAGCACCAAAUAAGUCUUUGUUACAGUACUGUAGCCUUUUCAGUAUUAUAAUCCUAUUAAAGGUUAUUAGAAAAAAAUGUUAAAAUAUUAGACUGCUCUGGAUCUUAUGCAAGGAUCCCCCCACCCACCCUGAUUUGCACAUCUGGGCAGAGGCAAUAUUUUAUUUUUUUUUUGUAUCACACUGUCAUUUGUCAACUCAUUGUCUCUACUUGAAAUUGGAUUCAUUCCACUGAACACACUCAGUAAAGAAACAUUUCUUUUA